AUGGCGCCCGCAGCCACCGACACGCAGUGGUCGGUCGACUACGACACCCUGCGACGUGAGAAUCUGUUCCAAAACCCUCCCACGGAUCACACGGCCUACCCUUCGCUGGCCGAGUCUAUCAAGCCGCAUAUCGAUUCUUUCAAUGCUCUCUUCGAAGACAGCAAAAUUUUGGAGGCAGGAUUGAGGGAUAUCGGCACCAAGACCUUCCUCGACGGCGAGCUCGAGACCUUUGAGCAGAAGAAGGCUCGCCAAGCCGAAGGUCUCCGUCAACCGAAGAGGAACCGCUUGAACGUCCGCGUUCGUGAAAUCUUCCUCGAGAAGCCGACUUUGCCCACCACAAACAAGUACACCACCCGCAACCGUGAAAUUUAUCCUUCUGAAUGUCGAGAGCGCCAUGCGACAUACCGUGGAAAGCUUCGCGCUCGUCUCGAGUUCCAGGUUAACAAUGGAGAUUGGCAAGAGUCCGUCCGCGAGCUUGGUAAUGUCCCAAUCAUGGUGCGCACCAACAGGUGUCAUCUUGAGAAGGCGACCCCGGAAGAACUUGUGCGACACAAGGAAGAGUCCGAGGAACUGGGUGGUUUCUACAUUGUGAACGGUAACGAGAAGCUGAUCCGUAUGCUGAUCGUCGGCAAGCGGAAUUUCCCCAUGUCUAUCAUUCGUGGUUCGUUUGUGAAGCGUGGACAGACAUACACCAAGUUCGGUGUGCAAAUACGUUCCGUCCGUCCCGAUCAAACAUCGCAGACCAAUGUACUGCACUACCUUUCCGAUGGAAACGUCACUUUCCGAUUCUCGUGGCGCAAGAACGAAUAUCUCAUCCCCGUCAUGAUGAUUCUCAAGGCUCUCGCCGAGACCAACGAUCGCGAAAUCUUCGAGGCCAUCGUCGGUGGAGCAUCCUCAAAGGGCAUGAAGAACACCUUCGUUACAGACCGUGUCGAGCUUCUGUUGAGAACCUACCACGCCUACCAGAAGCACAGCCAGUACGACUGCCGAUCUCACCUGGGCAAGGCCUUCCGACCCGUGCUCGGUGUUCCCGCUGACAUGCCCGACGAGGAGGUCGGUACUGAGUUCCUCCGCAAGGUCGUUCUCCCCCAUCUUGGAAACGAGAACGUCACCGAGACCCAAGACUGGGACAAGUUCAAGUUGAUCACCUUCAUGAUCCGCAAGCUGUACUCCACAGUCGCAGGAGACUGUGCGCCCGAUAACCCCGAUGCCGUCUCCAACCAGGAAAUCCUGCUCGGUGGUUUCCUGUACGGAAUGAUUCUUAAGGAACGUAUCGAAGAAUGGCUUCGAUCUUUUGGCCCUCUCGCCAGAGACUGGUGCAUCCGUAACAAUGGUGCCAAAUUCACCGAUGAGGCAUUUGAUCGGGACUUCUUGCCCAGGAUCGUGAAGAGAUCGAACGAAAACAUCGGUAACGCACUUGAAUACUUCCUCUCUACCGGUAACCUGGUCAGUCCCACGGGUCUUGAUUUGCAGCAGACAUCUGGCUACACUGUCAUCGCCGAAAAGAUCAACUUCUACCGAUUCAUCAGUCACUUCCGCAUGAUUCACCGUGGUAGUUUCUUCGCCCAGCUCAAGACCACCACGGUCCGUAAGCUGCUUCCAGAGAGUUGGGGCUUCCUCUGCCCUGUCCACACUCCUGAUGGAUCGCCUUGCGGUCUUCUCAACCACUUGUCGCACAAGUGUCUGAUCUCUACGGAUAACUUGGAUGUCUCUCACCUGCCUCGCAUUUUGGUUCAGCUUGGUGUCCGGUCCGAAUCCUCUGUCGCACUCGACGAGAGUGUGGUUGUCCAGCUGGAUGGUAGAAUUAUCGGUUACUGCUCACCGAAGCAGGCACAGAGAAUUGCCGACACCAUCCGUUUCUGGAAGGUCGAGGGCAAGAACGAUAUCCCUCGCGAGUUGGAAGUCGGAUACGUCCCCAACUCCAGCGGUGGUCAAUACCCCGGUGUCUACAUGUUCUCCCAAUCAGCGAGAAUGUACCGCCCUGUCAAGUAUUUGGCGUCUGAUAAGCUCGACUACGUUGGUCCGUUUGAGCAGCCCUUCAUGGAGAUUGCUUGCUUGGAGUCCGACCUGAUCCCCGGUCUUUCGACACACAUCGAGUUCACCCCCACGAACAUCCUCUCCAUCGUCGCCAACAUGACUCCCUUCUCCGACUACAACCAAUCUCCACGUAACAUGUACCAGUGCCAGAUGAGCAAGCAGACCAUGGGUACUCCGGGUACUUCGAUUGCUUUCCGUACGGACAACAAGCUGUACCGCAUUCAAACUGGUCAAACACCAAUUGUUCGCCCCCCUCUCUACAACGCCUACGGUCUGGACAACUUCCCCAACGGUAUGAAUGCCGUGGUGGCCAUUAUCUCCUACACUGGUUACGACAUGGACGACGCUAUGAUUAUCAACAAGUCAGCUCACGAACGUGGCUUCGGUCACGGUACCGUCUACAAGACCAAGGUCCACACCAUGGCAGAGAAUGACGCCAAGCGCUCAAGAUCCAAGCGUGAGGUUACCAAGCUGUUUGGAUUUGCCCCCGGUGACGAGGUCAAGGACGAAGUCCGCAACGUCAUCGAUGAGGACGGAAUGCCGCACAUUGGUGCGCGCGUCAAGGAGGGUGACAAGAUUGCCGCCUGGCACAAUGUCCGCUUCGAUCCCGCUUCAGACUCCUUCGUCAACGUCGACGGCAUCACUCACUACAUGAAGUACAAGGAUGCCGAGGAAGGCUACAUUGAAAGCCUCCGCAUCAUGGGCUCAGAGAACGGAAACGAGCCUGCCCAAUCCAUCAGUGUCAAGUACCGCAUUCCCCGAAAGCCCGUCAUUGGUGAUAAGUUCUCUUCUCGUCACGGUCAAAAGGGUGUCUUGUCCCAGCUUUGGCCUGCGACUGAUAUGCCCUUCUCUGAGAGUGGCAUGCAGCCUGAUCUGAUCAUCAACCCUCACGCUUUCCCCUCUCGUAUGACAAUCGCCCAGAUGAUUGAGUCCAUGGCCGGCAAGGCAGGUGCCAUGCACGGUCUCCCUCAGGACUCUACUCCCUUCCAGUUCUCCGAAGAGAACACUGCCACCGACUACUUUGGUGAACAGCUUAAGAAGGCAGGAUACAACUACUACGGUAACGAGCCCCUGUACUCGGGUAUCACCGGCCGCGAGUUCUCUGCAGACAUCUACAUGGGUCUUGUCUACUACCAGCGUCUCCGUCACAUGGUGAACGACAAGUUCCAAGUGCGUACCACCGGUCCCGUCAACGCCCUGACCGGACAGCCCGUCAAGGGUCGUGCCAAGGGUGGUGGUAUCCGUGUCGGAGAGAUGGAGCGUGACUCCCUGAUUGCCCACGGUGCCGCCUUCCUCCUGCAGGAUCGUCUCAUGAACUGUUCCGACGCCCAGCACACCUGGAUCUGCCGCUGCUGUGGCUCCUUCCUGUCUACCCAGGUUGCUGUUUCGGGAUCAUCCCGUUCCCGCGCGGCCGUCAACCCCGGCGCCAUUGCGGCUGCUGCUAAGGCUGCUCCUAACCAGCAGAGUAACAAUGCUCAUGCUGCUGGUGCGGUUGGUGCUCUUGGUGGUGUGAACGGUAUUGUGCGUUGUCGUCGUUGUGCCCGUGAGGCUGUCUUUGACGACUCUCGUGCUGAGGUUUGGGAGGACGGCAAUGGCCACCGCUACGUUGGUGGUGACGAUGUUACCAUUGUUGCUGUGCCCGGUGUCCUCCGCUACCUCGAUGUUGAGCUGGCCGCCAUGGGUAUUCGCAUGAAGUUCUGGGUGGAUAACUGA